AAUCUACCAUUCACCGCUCGGGACAUAGAAAACAGGUUUUUUGUUCAUUGAUUUUAUUACUAUAGGAACCUAGUACCACACAGUACAUAACUUGGUUUGUUCUUAUUAACUUCCAUUUCGAGGAAGGCAGCUAAUGUUCGAAAGGAGAACGCGGAUGAUAUCAACAAAUUAUUGAAUUUUUUUCAACCAGUGCAGUUUGCAAAACCCAAAGUUUUAUUGGGAUGCCAAGCUUGAUGAACAUGGGGUCAUCAAAAACAUGUUUUGGAGCCAUGCAAGUAGCCAGGUUGAAUAUUUAGAUUUUGGAGACGCAGUAAUGUUUGACACAACUUACAAGACCAAUAUGUAUGAGAUGCCGCUUGUGAUGUUUGUCGGUGCGAACCACAACAUGCAGAGCACGCUAUUUGGUUGCGCUUUGCUUAGAGAUGAAAAGAUCGGUUCUUUCGAAUGGUUGUUUGAAACCUAUAAAAGGUGCAUGGGAAAUUGUCCAGAACCACGUUGUUUUCUUACAGACCAGGACCUGGUAAUGGCUGUUGCGGUUGGUAGAUGCUUUCCAAAUACCAAACACCGGCUUUGCAGAUGGCAUGUGCUCAACCGGCAUUCAGAUCCAUUGAACAUAGUUUUUGCCAGGAAUGAUAGGAUAGAGUCCGAAAUGAUGCCAUGCAUUAAUCAAACAUACACACCGUAUGAAUUUGAAACGUCUUGGGAUAAUUCCAUUAGGACACACCAGUUGGAGAAUUGUGCUACAAUGGUAGCUCUUUAUGAAAUAAGAGAAAAGUGGGUCCCUGCAUUUUUCAAAGACGUGUACCGCGGAAGGAUGACAUCAACACAACACAGCGAAAGCAUGAACAAGCUAGUGAAACACAAGUUUGUCGAUCAUCAAACCUCACUACAUCGUUUUACAAGUAGAAUGCUGGAUGUCAUCGUUGAUAGGAAGGAGGAGGAGGCUGCGGAAACACGAGCUGGCUCGGGUUCACCUUCACUGACAACACGAUGGCUAUUUGUUGUACAAAUGUCGAGGUUAUACACAAGGUCUACGUUCCGUUUGUUUCCAGAGGCUUUGCUCGACAGCACAGAUUUCAGGAUCGAUCCGGACUCAGGCACACCAAAUGGUUGGAUAGUUUCACACACCAAAUGUUCGUCUAAAAAUGAUUGGACAUUUGUACACGUACAGCUUGAGAAAAUUCCAGCAUCUUAUAUUCUAAAGAGAUACACCAAAAAGGCCAAAUCUGAUGUUCUCUUCGACAGGCGCGACCGGGAAACCACAUGUCCGGAUGGAGUUAAAGAGAGUCACAGAAGUAACAUGAUAAUGAUUGAGGCAUUCGGUGUUGUUAGGGCAGCGUGCAAAUCCAAGGUUGCGUAUGACAGGGCCAUGAGCGUGCUGAAGGGCUUACGGAACCAGGUCGAGGAGAUACCGUACGACAAAUAUGAAACACUUGAAGAACAUCAUCAACCCAACGGUGAACAUUUCAUAAGCAAAGAUCCUUCCCCAAAUCACAUACAAAAGGUAGAACACGGGGGUCCCGACGAGGAAAUAACACUUGGUGCCAGAGGGAAGAAACUACACACACGGGAGUGCGCAUGGUGCCAUUUGAGGGAUGGCCACUACGCUAACACAUGCCCGAAGAAUACUGCGAACUUUGCUAAAAUAUCGAAGGUCAGCAGCAGGGGUAAGGGGAAGAGAGGGAGACCCGUGGGUGGGUCAGGAAGUGGUCAAGGACACCACACAGCCAUGACCGCUGCAGAAUGUUCUGACUUAACAAUCAAAACACGUAGCCGCCGGGCUGACUUAUCUGCGCUUGGGAGGUGUCUCGACGACGAGUAGGAUUGAAUGGAAAACGACAGUGAAGAUGAGGAACAUGAUUCAGACACCAGUGGUAGCUCGGGAUAACCACGAAAUGUAAGCAAUGUCCUCAUGUAAUAAAUAGUCAUCUAGUCGGUAUGAAGUAAGGCCCAGAGAGGUUGUAACAAUUUUACAAACGAAAGAAUGCACAGGUGUUUUCUGUUUUUGUUUUUAGAGAAAUGAAGGUAUGACAUACAGUUAACACAAUAUGUCACACACAGGAACAACACACGAUACUCGGUUCAUGAUUUUUUUUCUAAUCACCCUUACGGCGCUUGGAGCGUGUGGA